AUUCAUUCGCGUGACAUCACCGGAUAUGCAUCCUCAAAAUAAAGUUCUAAAUUUAUGCUGAAUUUACCCCCAGGGAACAAAUUCUUCCAAUUAUCCUAAUUGUCAUUAUAAUGUCUACCCGAUCCGAUCGAGAUAAAAAUAAGGUGAUGCAAGAACGACAUCAAGUCAUUCUGUCUACAUUACUGAAAGAUGAAGACAAUAAAUACUGCGUAGAUUGUGAUGCUAAAGGUCCAAGAUGGGCAUCAUGGAACCUUGGUAUAUUCCUCUGUAUCAGAUGUGCAGGCAUUCACAGAAAUUUAGGUGUUCAUAUAUCAAAGGUGAAGUCUGUCAAUCUUGAUACAUGGACCCCUGAACAGAUUGCUAGUGUUGAGGAUAUGGGCAAUAGUCGUGCCCGCGCAGUAUAUGAGGCAAACAUUCCCGAUGGCUUCAGAAGACCACAAACAGAUUCUGCUCUGGAAUCAUUUAUUCGAGCCAAAUAUGAGACCAAGAAAUAUAUAGCAAAAGAAUGGGUGCCACCGAAGCCCAGAACACAGAAAUAUGAUAGUAAUCCAAAGCUGGUUGAAGAGAAGAAAGAAAAGAAACGGCCAAAGCCCAAAAGUUCAGUCCAAUUAAGUAAUGCUACUGUGAACAGACCAGAGACCAGUAAAGCCAGUCCCCCUAAAGCAGAAGUAAAGGCCCCUGCAGCCACUCCUCAGACACAAACUGCAUCCGCUGUAGAUCUGCUUGGCUUAGAUACACCCUCAGUAUCCAACAAUGUUGAUCCCUUUGGUGACUUUUUGGCUGCUAGCACCACUCCAAAUCCCAAUGUUAAUGCACAACAAGCUCCUGCCCAACAACAACAACAACCAGUUGCCUCUGCGGUACCUCAAUCACAACCUCUUCAAAAUGGAGGAGCCACAGAAGAGAACCUCUUCGGUGAAUCAAAGGAAAGUCAAGAAAAGUCUCAAUCAACCAAAGAUUCCAUUUUAGCGUUAUAUGGGAAUGCACAACAACCUCAACAACAGAUGUUUGGGGUACCAGGUGGAGUGUAUGUACCUCAACAGCAACAACAGCCUGGCAUCCAGCAAGGUAUGUACGGAAUGCCGCAACAGCAACAACAGCAGUACGCCAUGCAGAAUGGUAUGAUGGCUAACCAAGGUAUGAUGCAGCAGCCUCAAGUCAGUCAAGGCAUGAUGCAGCAGCCCCAAGUCAGCCAAGGCAUGAUGCAGGGCCAGGGUAACAUGAUGAUGGCAAACAACAUGCAGGCCAUGCAGCAGCAGAACAUGAUGCAGAAUAACAUGGCUCAUCAAAAUAUGAUGGGGGUAGGUCAACAACAAAUGGGGCAACAAAAUAUGGGACUGCAAAAUAUGGGACAGCAGCAAAUGGGUGGAGGAAUGAUGCAAAAUAAUAUGUACAAUAUGCCCCAACAGAAUCAGCAACAGAAUUUCCAACAGGUCCAGAACCAGAUGGCAUCUAUGAAGCUAGGUGGAGGUGUAGGGGGAUACACACAACAACAGCCAGGCAUGGUUGGGGGCCCAACAGGGGCCAGUUGGGGAGGGGCUCCCCAGGGACAAACUCUAUCAACCAAUUUAUGGCAAUGAUGACAUUAAACAUAGGAUUCAUGUGAUAGUCAAAGGUGAUGGAAUUGAUGAAGAGGAAAUUAUCCCAGUAUUAGAUGAUGCGAUAAUCAAUGGAAUAACUGAAUAAAAGAUGACAAUUUGAACCAAAUUUUAUUAUGAAGUAAUUAUAACAUAAUUGCAAAUAAAAACAUUCAUGGAUAAGUAGUUUGAAAAUGAUCAUUGUUUUGGAAGUUUUACUGUUUUAUAGCUCAACCUUUCCUCUGUUGUGAAAAAUUUUAGAAUUUUUAGAAUGUUAAUCGGGGAUUAAUUCUAUUUAAAGCUCAAAUGUCAACAGUGUGAUAGAAGUCAAUGAUUUGAGAGAUAGAAGGAUGUAUUCCAUGUAAAUAAUAAGUCUUAAAAUGGAAAAGGUAUAUAUAUCACUAUUUGUCACAUAAUAAGUAAUAUUUUGGAGUGGGUAAAAGUUGUUUCCUGAAAAUAACAAUUACAGUUGUCUCUGGGGGAGGGUUAAGGUGUGAAUCUAAAAGUAAUUACUUAUUACUCAUGUUUAAUGACAGUAUUGAAAUAUAGACCUAAUCCCUAAGGACAUAUUUAAACCUCGCACAAGCUUAUUUGUAAAUUAGUAGAGUAUUGAAUAUACAACCCCUGGGUAGACAUUGAGAAAAAACUUACUUUUAAAUUAUGUAUCCGUCUGUCUGUAUGGAUGUAUGUCACAUAGAUCAAGGCCUUAGUUAUCCCACUAAAGGAAGUUUGUAGGGAUAUAUAGAAGCUGUCCCUCCGUUUGGCUGUCUGUCCUUUUGUUCAUGUGUCCGGGUGAUCAAAUACCAGUUGAUGGAUUUGGUUAAAAUUUUGCUCAAUUCAAAAUUGAUAACUCAAAUACCAGUUGAUAGAACUUUAUAUGCUGAUGUCUGAAUUUCAAAA